GCCAUUUUCGGCUUGGACACCGAGAAGUUUCAAUUGUUAGAAGUGAAAUAACGUUUUAAACCGCAUUGGGAGAAUCAGCCUCUUAAGAAAAUGGGACGGAAAAAGAAGAAGCAAAUGAAACCCUGGUGUUGGUACUGCAACAGAGAUUUCGACGACGAGAAAAUUCUCAUUCAGCAUCAGAAAGCGAAACAUUUUAAAUGUCAUAUUUGUCACAAGAAAUUAUAUACCGGACCCGGGUUGGCCAUACACUGUAUGCAGGUACAUAAAGAAACUAUAGAUGGCGUUCCUAACGCAAUACCAGGAAGAACAGACAUAGAAUUGGAAAUCUAUGGGAUGGAGGGUAUUCCGGAAAAAGAUAUGCAAGAGAGAAGACGUGUACUUGAACAAAAAACACAAGAGAGCCAGAAGAAGAAACAGAACCAAGAGGACUCUGAUGAGGAGGAGGAGGAUGAAGCUGGUCCCUCAUUUCAGCAACCAGCAGCUCAAACUCCUGCCACCUACAUGCCUCCCAUGGCCCAGCCUGGCAUUCCUCCUGGACCGCGGGCACAAGGGAUGCCACCUGCCAACUACUCAGGUAUGCCUCCUAUGAUGCCAGGUGUGCCACCGAUGAUGCCAGGAAUGCCUCCUGUCAUGCCAGGCAUGCCCCCAGGGUUGGUUAUGAUGCCAAUGGGAGGAAUGAUGCCUCCUGGCCCUGGCAUGCCCCCCAUGAUGCCAGGCAUGCCCCCAGGAAUGCCGCCCCACGUAGCUCGACCUGGCAUGCCUCCCAUAGCACAGGCAGCCCCUGUCACUGCUCCAGGGAUGCCCGCAAGACCCGCAGUACCGGCUGCCAUCACCCAGUCCACCCCCACCAAACCCCUUUUCCCCAGUGCAGUGCAGAUGGGGACUGGUGUUCCAAGCACAAGCCCAGCCUCUACCAGUGCAGACACACAGUCAGCCUCCUCUAAGCCUCUGUUUCCUAGCUCGGCACAAGCUCAGCAGACGGCGUCAGGGCCGUCGUCCACCACCUCUGACCCUCCCAAAGCGACAUUCCCAGCCUACACCCAGGCCACUGCCUCUCCUGCUGCCCCCUCUAGUAGCACUGUGGCUAAACCCCCAGCCACAGUCACAAGUAAGCCUGCCACCCUUACCACAACGAGUGCUACCAGUAAGUUGAUGCACCCUGAUGAGGAUAUCUCACUGGAAGAGCGAAGGGCUCAGUUGCCUAGAUACCAACGUCUUAUCCCCAGGCCUGGUCAGGCCAGUAUAGCGGCUCCACCCAGUGGAGCAGCUAGUGGCAUGAUCACCCCCCAGCAAGGCAUGCCCCCUCAGCAGCCCGGAAUAAGGCCGCCCAUACACAGCCAGUAUGGGGCACCUCCCCAGGGCAUGCCUGGUUACAUGCCUCCCUAUGGACAGAGUGCUCCUAUGGUGCCUCCCUACCAGGGAGCACCUCCUGGACCUCCCAUGGGUAUGAGGCCACCUGUAAUGUCACCGGGGGGUCGAUACUGAAGGCUGUCGUCCCCACUAGGUUUGGAGGUUUAAAACCUUUUCUCAUCUAGUGCUUAUUAUUUAGCCAAAAUCCAGUGAGCUGUCAGUGAACAGAGGAAGAGACCUACACAUGGGACAUGACCACAUAUGACAUCACACCCAUAAGAAAAAAAAAAAAACAAAACAAACAAAAGCAAACUAAAAGUCGUAUCACUGUUGGAGUUGAUACAUGUGUGGCUUUUUCUUCUCGUGUUUCAUUCAGGUUGUACAAGUACAGUGUAUUAGACAGUGGUUCAUAAUGUUUUGCAGCUGCUGGCGUAGCAUGACAGUAUCUGCCCCCCCCCCACUCAUUAUCAAGGCAAGUUCCCUGAAAUUUGUUUUUACUCAGUAGUGAAGCCUUCACAGCACAAUUAAGUGCUGUUGGACUUUGUGUCCCCAACAUAUGCUUGGUGAGGGCUUCAAAAUAUGACUGUUUCAUGUUUUUGUUUUUUUUUUUGUUUUGUUUUUUUGUGUGUGUUGCAUCCUUAAAUUCAGGUUUAAAGAGCACAAGGGUAAAUAUGUGAAUCUCUGUACUUUUUUUGGACUAUGGACUGUA